AUGGCACCACGUUUAACCACCUUGGAUUUGGUGAGCAAUUGCGAUGCAUUCCCCCAUCCCCACUUGGACCCUACCGGCUACGCAGAAUGGAUGACGCGACGACUGUACACCCUCAAGUGGGAGGACAGCGAGGGGUCGUUUGCAAUCGGCUACCUGCCGUUGUCGGUGGUUGAGGCCUUGAAGACUGUCCCUGAGAAUAUUAGCGGUCCCAUUGAGAUCGACCCAGUGGCUCGGACCGUUGCGCUCUUCCGCGAAGCAGCUACCGAGGAGGAGCGCACCAAGCUCGCUGCCCAGCUGGCGGCCUACUGGCGCGAGACCAAAGCAUUCCGCUUGCUCAAUGGCUGGCGCAACGAGCUGUGGCCUGUGUAUGGACGGAACGGCGAGCUGCUGUUCAGUAUGGAGCGCUCGGCUGUGGGACUUUUUGGGGCCACCCGCUACGGUGUACACAUGACGGCCUUUAUCCGCCAGAAGGACAACAGCAGCCGCUACAACUUUAGAAUCUGGGUCCCCAAGCGGGCCGCAAACAAGUCUACCUAUCCGGGCAUGCUGGACAACACGGUCGCCGGCGGCCUGAUGACCAACGAGGACCCCUUCGAGUGCGUCAUCCGCGAAGCUGACGAGGAAGCAUCCUUACCCGAGGACCUUGUGCGCAAGCACGCCAAAGAAACAGGCAUCAUCACGUACCUCUAUAUCACGGACGAGCGAUCAGGUGGAGAGCCCGGCUAUAUCUACCCGGAAAUUCAAUGGGUAUACGACCUCGAACUGCCCGCAGAUGGGAGUGUCAUCCCCACUCCAAAAGACGGAGAAGUUGAGAGCUUCAGCCUACACACGGUCGAGGAGAUACAGGAACAGCUAGCCGAGGGCCGGUGGAAGCCCAAUUGCGCCAUGAUAAUGCUCGAUUUCUUCGUCCGCCACGGCAUAUACACGCUCGAGAACGAGCCGCAUUAUCGGGAUAUCUGCGAGAGGACACACCGCUUCAUCCCCUUUCCCGGGCCCCAUUGGGAUUAUCGUCCUCCGCAGGAAACAACGUCUUGA